AUAUAUUUCUUUUUCUUCUACUCUCUCAAACCCUUCACUUUUCUCUCUUUCUCUCUCUCUCUGCAACUUAUAAAUUUUUUGGUAUCUCAUUUUUUUCACCAUAUGGAGAGAGAAUUUCUUGGCUUCACUUCCAAAAGUAAUCCAUGGAUUACAAUCAAAGAAGAUGCUUCCAACAAAUCAAAAGACCCAGUUAGGAGUUCAGCAAUGCAGUGGUCAUUCUCAAAUAAGGUUUCAAAUCUUCCUCAAUUCUUGUCCUUCAAGAACACUCAUGAAGAUAUGUCAAGAAACAUUCUAAGGGAUCCAAUAGUUUCUUCAGGAUUCGUGACACAGGAAAAUGUUAGCAUAGGAAAUCAAGUAGGAAACAAGCAUGGAGUUUAUCCUAUGCAAUGUUGUGAUGCACAAACAAUUUGCAAUCAAGAAUCAAGAACAUUUUCAGUAUCAAACCAAUCUAAUAAUCAAACAAGUUCUGUUCUUCCAUCCAAUCUUGCUACAUCUGGAAUCAACAUGGUUAAUUCGGUUAUAAAAUCGCAAUCUUUCGGUUCUAAAUCCUCUGCUGCUACACCUCUAUCUGUUCUUCCAUCAAUAGGUUCCAUUGUUGGCUCUACUGACUUAAGGAAUAGGAAUUGUUCCAAAUCCAAUGGUACUAUACCUGCUCAAUUGACCAUUUUUUAUGGUGGUUCAGUAUGUGUUUAUGAUGACAUAUCUCCUGAGAAGGCUAAGGCUAUCAUGUUAUUAGCUGGAAAUGGGACUAAAAAGCAGCCAGAAAUCUCUAUUCCUUCCAAAAAAGAUGGUUUCAUUAUAAGUCAAUCUUACCCAUCACCAUUGCCAAGUCCUCUUCCAAUGGCUUCUCAUGCAAAUUCUCAACAAAGGGGAGGAUCAAGUAGCAAUAAUGAAAUCACAAUUCUAAGAUCUUUAGGACCUUCAAAUGUCCCCAAUAAUCAUUUAGAAUCUUCUAUUGUUGCUACUUCUAUAGGAUCUGCCCCUGCAGAAAUGAUUCAAUCAGUAUGUUUGCCUCAAGCACGAAAAGCAUCGUUGACUCGAUUUUUGGAGAAACGGAAACAAAGGGCAAUGAGCUCAUCACCAUACUAUAUGAACAAGAAAUCAAAUGAAAGCAGCACUCCUGGAUCAGAUAGUGCAAGUUUCUCCAUUGAUUUUUCUGGUUCAAGUUCUCAACCAGCUACAAACUUAAGAACAACAUGUAUGGAAGUUUAGAUAAUAAUAUAAUAUCAUAUAAUAUAAUAUGCUUUUUCAAUUGUAAGAUCAAUUCUUUAAUUUGAUCAUUGGCAGAGAAUUUUCAUAGCCAUUUUGGUCUUUUCACUUAUAUAUCUUUUGUUUCCCAAGCUUUUUCAUCA